AUUCUGGACAAUCAGAAAGUCCAAGCCACAAUGAUCCUGCCAAGAACCCACCAGUAUAUCUUGAGGAUAGUUUUGUAAAAUCUGGAGUCUUUAAUGUAUCUGAACUUGUGCGGGUGUCUAGAACACCUAUAACCCAGGGAGCUGGAGUAAACUUCCCCAUUGGAGAACUUCCAGGUCAACCAUACUAUCAUGACAUGAACUCAAGUGUUAACUUACAGCGAUCGCUAUCCUCUCCACCAACCAGUAAGAGACCCAAAACUAUAUCCAUAGAUGAGAAUAUGGAACCAAGUCCAACAGGAGAUUUUUAUCCUUCCCCAAAUUCACCAGCUGCUGGUAGUAGGACAUGGCAUGAAAGAGAUCAAGAUAUGUCUUCUCCUACAAUGAAGAAACCUGAAAAGCCUUUGUUUAGCACUACAUCUCCUCAGGAUUCUUCACCAAGACUGACUUUCCAGCAUCAUCAUCCAGGAAUCCCAGGAGUUGCACACAGUGUCAUCUCAACUAGAACUCCACCUCCACCUUCACCAUUGCCAUUUCCACCACAAGCUAUUCUUCCUCCUGCCCCAUCUAGCUAUUUCUCUCACCCAACUAUCCGAUAUCCUCCUCACCUGAAUCCUCAGGAUACUUUGAAGAAUUAUUCUUAUGACCCGUCCAGUCCACAAACCAGCCAGCCUAACAGCAGUGGUCAAGUAGUAGGGAAAAUGCCUGGCCAUUUUACUCCAGUUUUGGCACCCUCUCCCCAUCACAGUACGAUGAGACCUGUGACCCUGACUAUGACAGACACUAAGCCCAUCACUACAUCCACUGAAGGUGAGGCAUCUUCACCUACAGCAACCACCUAUACAGCUUCAGGUACAUCCCAAGCCAAUCGAUAUGUGGGACUAAGUCCAAGAGACCCUUCCUUCCUACACCAGCAACAGCUGAGGAUAUGUGACUGGACCAUGAAUCAAAACGGCAGGCAUUUAUACCCCAGUGCCAAUGAGGAUACAUUGGGAAUUACUUGGCAAAGUCCUGGUACCUGGGCUAGCUUGGUCCCCUUUCAAGUAUCAAACAGGACAUCAAUUCUGCCCACAAAUGUCCAAAAUUAUGGUUUGAACAUAAUUGGAGAGCCUUUUCUUCAAGCAGAAACAAGCAACUGAGAGAGAUUGAAACUGAACAAAUACUAUAAAAGAAAGGAAGAUGGGACAAAAAGCAAAGAAGAAACUGAAGAAAGAAGAAACAUAAACCAGCAAUUGCAGCACUUACAAUCAUUAAUUCCCUUAAGAUUGAAACUGUAAUGGCAAAACAACAGCAACAACAAAAAACGGGAUUGGGGGAGAGGAUCGAUGAUAUUUCACUGAUGCGUGGAAAGAUGCUCCUCCUGAGUAGCCUUUGUUCUAUGAAAUCCACUGGGAAAUAGAUGUUCUGUCUCUGACAAUAUAUUUUAACUGACUUUCUAGAUGCCUUAAUAUUUGCAUGAUAAGCUAGUUUAUUGGUUUAGUAUUCUUGUUGUUUACGCAUGGGAUCACUAUUCCUAGUUAGCUCUCAAAACAAAGGCUAGGAGGCAUCCACAGAACUGCAGGAGAAGGAAGGCCAGAAGCCAUUUUUUUUCCUUAGCAGUCUGAUUUCUAAAAAACAAAAUUCAAAGAAAAAGAAACAAAUUCAGCUUUUAGUUGUCAACCCCAAUUUAUUUAACUUAGGUCCUUAACCCAGUCUUUUCUUAGUGUGUUAUCCAGUUUGAAUUUUUCAGGAAGUCGUUUAAAUAAGCAGGCAUUCUAUAAAAUCAAUGCCUUACUUUGCGUAAAAGAAAGUGUUAUCGUCUCAAAUGACAGUUUAAAAAACCUGAGAAAGACACUAAAAUAAUUCCCCAUGCUAAUGAAAACAUUAGAGGCAAGUGCAAUUUAAAACCUGUAUCUAAAGGGGAUAAUUGUUAUAAGUCCUUUAGCCCUUGGACUCUAAAUCGAGGGGAUUAAAAGACAAGAUAAGUUUCAAAAGUAUUCGAACAAAUGUAUUUUUCCCUCACUUUUGAAAGGGAGGGGUCAUUAAAAGGCAUUAACUAAAUCAAGACAAAUCAUUUACUUGAGAAAAAGAAAUUAAUUGAAACACAGCACUUAAAGUUGAUUUAGCUUCUGCCUCCUUUGAGGUAUCUUAUUUAUUUAAAGUUACUGGUUGGAUCAAGAACCCAUAAAUAAUGGAAAAGGUUCUCUAGAACCUUCAUGAGAGAGACUGAGAGAGGUAAAUCCAUGUCACAGGGGCAUAGCUUCUGGUUUACAAAUGGGAAUGAUAGAUUGUCAGGUUGUGGGAAGGGGAUCUGAAAUAUAUUUUUUAAAAAUGCACUCUUUAAAAAGCCUAAUGACAGGGUGCUGAAAACUUGCAUGGUGCUCUCAGAAAUUAGCCUUGUUUGACAGAUUUCUCAUAUACACAAUAUUGUGCAUGGGCAUUUUGCCUCUAUGUCUCUAUAAAAGAAUAAUUUAAAACUACUCUAUCCAGUAAUCCUAAUUUGCACGAAGUUAUAAUGUCCACAUAACGUGCCUUGCCUUGAAAUCUAAAAAAGUGACAUCACUACACUUAUUUUGCUGCAUUUAUUAUCAUUUUAAAUCUGUACCAUUUUUAUGACAAAAUAUUUUGUACUCCAGAUGGGAAAACAACAACAAAAGUGACAUCAUGGAUUUUUUAAGCAGUUAUAACUUUAUCUCACAUUUAUAAAGCAUAUCAUGGCUGUGUAUAGUUGCCGCUUAAAAAUUGUAAUCGACCAGCAAUAUUUUCAGUAUUUUGGUGUUUUUUCUAUUAAUCUUUCAUGUUUUUUCAUCUUCCAAUUAAUAUUGGGGGGAGGGGAUUCAAAUUUAUACGACUUAUGCAAUACCAAGUUUUGCCUAUGUAGGUAGUGCUUUUAGCUGUAUUGGUUAUUAUAGGUAAGUACACAGAUUUAAAAGACAAAAGAUUAAUGUAUGCUUUUUUGUUUGUUUGUUUGUUUGUUUUAAUUGACCAAAGUGGGUACUGCUAUUUUUGCAGUGUGAUGAGGUCCUUUUUGUGUACUAAGAGAUGGACGGGGGAUUUUUUUA